AUGCAGCUGUGGCUCGCUGACGCUGUCGCUCGCGCAGUCGUGCACGCUCGUGCAAAGGGUGCCAUUUUCGGCAUUGAAACGACUUCCACUGUAGUGCUCGAUCACGGAAUUCCAUUUCUUGUGCGCAUCGUGUCGAGCUUACGUGACAAACCGGUUAACGAACAAGGAGAAAGCGCUGCUAGUUCUGAAGAACCCCCGGGACCUGUAGAUGCGGCGGACGGAGCGUUAGGGCUGGCCGAGCGUGCAGCCACUUCGCACGUGGAGCUAGGCGUGUUUCCGGACCCGUUCCUGCCCUAUGAAGAAGACCUGUACGUGGGCGAUGUGCCACCUGCGCACGUCUGCCUGUUAAACAAGUUUAACGUUGUAGAAGGGCACCUACUCGUCGUGACCCGUGCCUUCCGGGAACAAACGCACCUGCUGGACAGCGGUGACUGCACGGCAAUCUGGCACUGUCUGCGCCAGUAUCCGGGCCUAGGUUUCUACAACUCCGGUAAAGUGGCCGGCGCUUCUCAGCGUCACAAGCACUUACAGCUCAUACCCGUAGCUGGUGUGGAGGCUGUGCCUAUUCACGAGAAAGUGGAAGAAGCGGCACGUUCCCGCGAGGAGCAGACCGGAUGUUUUGUGGUACCCGCGCUGCCCUUCAAACAUGCGAUCAUUGGCAUGCACGAUCUCUACUCAGAGUCUAAAUCGGAUGCGGAAAUCGGGGCAGCCAUGCAUUCCCGUUACAUGCAGCUGCUGCACUUCACAAUCGAGGAACUCGGUGUACCCGCUUCAUCAUGGAUGGCGUGGGAGGCUCGGUCGCAUCACCCGCCAGCGUCUGCAGUAGGCCAUCCGGCAAACGACAGUGAAACGGCGCAUCCGUUCCCGUAUAACCUUCUCUUGACCAGCAACUGGAUGAUGUUGGUGCCUCGACGUCACGAAAAGUUUCUAGGAGAUAUAAGCGUGAAUGCGUUGGGGUUUGCGGGGUUUCUUCUAGCGAAAAAUGAGUCACAGAGGGAUCUCAUUGUGAAGCACGGCCCCUUGAAGGUCCUGGCGCAAGUGGGGAUUCCCUGGAACCACUGA